AUGACCAAAAAGACAGUGGCCGUGGCACUGACGCUGCUGCUGUUGGCAGCUGCUGCUACGUUUCUGGGCGUCUUCUUCGGCAUCGGGAAGAAGAAGCCCUCAGGUGACCAGGUUUACCUGAAGGCGGCCGUGGCAGCGGACGCCGGGCCGUGCUCAGAGGUCGGCAGAGACAUGCUGCUGAAAGGGGGGUCUGCAGUGGAUGCCUCUAUAGCUGCUUUACUGUGUGUCGGAUUAAUGAACGCUCACAGCAUGGGCAUCGGAGGAGGGCUUUUCCUCAACAUCUAUGAUGCAGCAACCGGGAAAGUUGAGGUCAUUGACGCCAGGGAGACGGCGCCACGCAAUGCAACCGAGAACAUGUUUGGCAACAGUACAGAAUUAUCCUCCAAAGGAGGGUUGUCCAUCGCUGUACCAGGGGAGAUUCGAGGUUACCAGAUGGCGCACCAACGCCACGGUAAACUGCCUUGGAAAGACUUGUUUGCGCCCAGCAUUGAACUUGCAGAAAAGGGAUUUCCUCUGGGCAGGGCGCUGGCCAAGGCUGUGUCCCAAAACAAGAAAACCAUCCUUAACGACCCGGCCCUGUGUGAGGUGUUUUGUGGGGCAAAAGGUGACGUCCUGAAAGAAAACGAAACCGUCAAAUUUAUCAAACUGGCAGCGACCUACAGGAAAAUAGCCGAGGAGGGUCCUGACGCCUUCUACACGGGAGAGCUGGCUCAGAACCUCGUGGCAGAUAUUCAGGCAGCAGGCGGCAUCAUCACAAUGGAGGAUCUGAAGGAUUAUGUGCCUGUCUUGGAUGAGAAUCCUCUGAGGGUGAAUGUGGGGGAGUACACCAUGGCUGUUCCCAAUGCCCCUGCUAGCGGCCCUGUGCUAACGCUGAUAUUAAACAUCUUGAAUGGGUACAACUUCAACCCCGACAGCAUGGCGAGCACUGACAAACAGAUCCUAACCUACCAUCGCAUCGUGGAGGCCUUUCGUUUCGCUUAUGCAAAGAGAACUUUGCUCGGAGAUCGGGCGUUUCUCAACAUCACAGAUCUCAUCCAGAACAUGACUUCAAACGCCUACGCCGACCAACUCCACGAUAAGAUCACAGACGACACCACGCAUCACAUGAACUACUACGAGCCGGAGUUUUACAUGCCUGACGACCACGGGACGUCGCACCUGUCUGUGGUCGCGGAAGAUGGAAGCGCCGUGGCCGCCACCAGCACCAUCAACCUCUAUUUGGGCUCCAAAGUCAUGUCAAAAUCAACGGGGAUAAUUCUCAACAAUGAGAUGGACGACUUCAGCUCCCCGCUAAUCACCAACAGCUUUGGCGUGCCUCCUUCACCGAGCAACUUCAUCAGGCCAGGAAAGAGGCCCAUGUCUUCUAUGUGUCCCACCAUCAUUUUUGACAAAGACAACAAUGUGAAGAUGGUGGUCGGAGGUUCAGGAGGAACAAAAAUCACGACUUCCAUCGCUCAGGUGAUUCUGAACGCGCUCUUCUUCAACUAUGAUGUGAGUAAAGCCGUUGUACAGCCGAGGGUCCACAACCAGCUGAGUCCCAACGCCACCGUGGCCGAGCCCGAGUUUGACAAAAACGUCCUGGAAGGUCUGGCACAGAAGAACCACGAGACGGAGUUCCUGAAGUCAACGGGAGCCGUGGUGCAGGCGGUGCUUCGCGUCGACGGCGGGCUGCAAGCUCAGUCCGAUCCUCGCAAGUGGGCGUACGCGGCGGGAUACUGAGGUCGUAAACACACCUCUGCUCAUGCCGAGAGACUGUAGCUGUGUGAACCUUGACACCGGCGAUGCCACCUGAGAGAUUAGAAGCUUAAUAAAGAUCCAGCAGCAGCCGCCGUCAGCUCGUCUCGGGCACCAGUCGUUCUGUUCCUAAGCCGCAAUAAUGUUCACGUACUUUGUGCCUCGGCUGAUUCUAAAGUCUACUGGAUUCAAGUCACAUUAUUUAACGUCGUUAACUGAUUUCCGAGGCACUGCGUUGUUUUACGGCUUUACUGUUUUAAGCUGAAAUGUGAAAACAAUGACACUUGUAAAUGUUCAAAUCUCCACCAACUGACGAAACACAGUCGUAAACGUGCACAAUUCUUAUCUAUUUAUGAAGCACUUUGGUAAAUCAUUAGCAGUGUCGAGCUAUCUCACUUCAUUGUUUUCCAGUAAAGAUCUGAUAUGUUUUAUCUACAGUAACUGCUAAUGACUGGCCUCUGAAUUAAGGGAGAUAAUAACAGAAAAAAACAGACGGAAGACAGAGACUCCUGUUUACUUCCAGUCCUUUAAAACUUUUACAUCCUGCAGCCAGACUGUUGAUGAGAGGUGACGCAGAGAUCAGGCGGGAGCUGCUGUUAAAAUGAAGGACUGGAACACCUCAGUGUCAAACAGUCCCACAGAAUAUAUAUAAUGACUUGCAGUAAUUUCCCCACAACCCAGAGUGCAACGGCCUGUAGUGACCUCGUGACAACAUUGCAGCUGUUGCUGCCCACAGUCAGCGGCGGGAUUCUCUCUCCUCAGCUGCAAUGCAAAUGACUUAUUUCUAAGCAAGUGUCAAAUCAAUGUUCUGCUGCAGACGACUGGUUCAUGCGUGAUAUGAACAAAGUGGUUUAAUAUUCAUGACAUUUCCCUGAUAUAUAAAUAUAUAUUUAUUAAAAUAAAUAAAUAUAUUACAAUCCCA